AUGGGGUCCGGAUCUUUCCUCAAGGUGCUCGUCAGCAACCUGGACGUUCUCGCCGGGCCCAUAGUUUCACUCGCUUAUCCUCUGUAUGCGUCUGUUCGAGCAAUAGAAACAAAAUCUCCUAUUGAUGAUCAGCAAUGGCUCACUUACUGGGUGCUGUACUCGUUUAUCACUCUGUUUGAGCUCACUUUUGCUGCAGUAAUUGAAUGGCUCCCUUUCUGGUCUUAUGGAAAGCUGUUUUUCAAUUGCUGGUUGGUCUUGCCCUACUUUAACGGUGCUGCGCAUGUUUAUGAGCAUUUUGUGCGGCCAAUGAUUGUGAACCAGCAGGUUGUAAACAUCUGGUAUCUUCCAAAAAAGGAAGGUUCAGACAAACCUGACGAUGUAAUUUCAGCUGCACAGAAAUACAUUGAACAAAAUGGAUCAAAAGCAUUUGAGACUCUCGUUAACAAGUUUAAGACUACAAACGCGAGGCGCUCAAUUUUGGAGGAGGUAGAGGCGGAAAGGAGAGCCAGGGCUGAACGAGAGCUGGCAGCGAGGGAUGUGAAUCCAUUCUUCCACCCGAAUUACUGA